AUGGAACUUAGAAUUGUUUUACUGGCGACUAGGAAAUGCUCUGAGAUGCUUGGGGCGUGCUUCUCGAAGUGUGACAUCAAGCCCGGUCUUAUUGGUUUGACUUGUCUCAUGCAUUGUUAUGAAAAUCAAAGAGAACUCCGAGAGUGUCGAUUGGGCCUAGAAAGACAGGGACAAGGCUGUAUAAUUGGACUGCGCGCAUGUGCAGAUCGCUGCCUGAAGGAAGAAACAAGAUGCCAGAAUUGUUGCAGACAAUUUUCCGACAGGAGUUAUCCAAUCAGAUUUUGGUCUGCUGCUUGUCAGCGACAUUUUCAACAAUGCAACCUACGACAUGAAAACAUUAUCCCUCCAUUCCCUGAAGGACUUACAGCAAUACCACCAACGUGA